AUGGAUAGCCAAAAAAGUUAAGAAUACUUAAAAUUAUUCACUCGAGCUAGAUAAUACCUAAUAAAAGACUCUUAAAAUUAAAAUAAUAAAUUAAUUCAAUCCACUUUUAAAUGCAGAGAUCUUGUAAGCUGGAUUCAAUAAUAGACAAAGUAUCCUCUAAAAGAAAUUAUUAAAGAUAUUAAUGAAAAUUUAUUUAAUCCAACUCAAUAUCAAUAAACAAUAUAUAUUUUAGAUACUUCCAAACCUGUUUUUAGUAAUAAUUCUGAAUCAGCGAGAUUCAUUUAAGAAGAGUUUGAAAUGCAUGCUAAUAAUUCGCUCGUCUUGAAUAUCACUCAAGAUUCACGCAAUUAGUAAAGGUUCUUUUUUGAAGAAGGAUAUGAACAAGAUAUAUAUAUGGAAGAUCCCACCAAGCUAAUUCAUGAUAUUAGAAUAAUUAUUUAAGACUUAAAAGCCUAAGCUUUAAGCGACGAUGGUUCAUUAGUGGACUAUCAAAAAAUAAGCAAAUCUGAUAUAUUUAAUACAUAAUUUAUCAAUUUAAUAUGUAAACUACCUUUUAUUAAAACACAAAUCCUAAGAAAUAAUGAAGAGGCUAAAGUUUCUUUCUUCUUAAAUCUUUACAAUAUAUUGAAUAUCCACUCAAUUAUUGAAUAGUCAAAAUCUAAUCAAGCUUACUAAAUGUCAGCUGCAGAAAGAGCUGAUUUUUACAAUAAGUACAAAUACAACAUAGCUGGAUAAAAUUACACUUUAAAUGACAUUGAACAUGGAAUUCUUAGAGCAAAUGACAAUUUUGGAAACUCUAAAUUUAAAACUUUUUGUCUUAUCUUGCAAGGAAAAUCGCUUAGCGAUAAAUCAAAGCCUAGAUUUUAACAGCACGAUGCAAGAAAUAAACUGUGUUGUUAAAAAACAGAUUUUAGAAUUCAUUUUUGUUUGAAUUGUGGAGCUAAAUCAUGCCCACCAAUAAGAGUUUAUGAUCCUGAAAAUUUGCAUGAAUAAAUUGAGCUAAGUACUAAAUCUUUCAUAGAGUAAAAUGUAGAAAUUUUAGAAAUUCGAUAAAUAAAAUCGUAUAAAAUAAAUUUAAGCAUGCUUUUUAAAUGGUACAAAGGAGACUUUGCUCCAAAUGAGCAAGCUAUACUUUAGCUCUUAUGCUAAUAUUUGUCUGAAUAAAAAAAAUAGACAUUAUCAAAUAUAUUACAAAAAAAGAUAAAAUAUUAAAUUAAUUACUUAUCUUAUGAUUGGACUGUAAAUAAUUUUAACAAAAAUUGA